GCUCUGCGUUACUAAAGUAAUGUCUUAGUCACAGCGGAACCAUUUUCGGGAAUUUUAUCAAGAAUAUCGUUUUCUACAUAUACGAUUUGGCCUUGAUCGAAUUUUUUUCGUAACACCCAACUUUAAUUUUUCAUAACAAAGCAAUAGUUUCAAAAUGGUGCCAGUUGUUAAUUUAGAAAGUGAUUUAAGAAGAGGGAUCCGUUGACCUAAAUCUCGUUCUACUCGUUUCUUCUUUCUGAAAGGAUUAAUUCGCACUUAUGAAUGUCUGUGUUUUCGGAUUUCAAUUUGUUUUUUUAUAUAUUUUUUAAAUGCAAUACACAAAAAUUUAAACAAUUUCAUCCCAUCUUUAUAAAAUUUUACCGGAUUUUAUUUCGAUAAGAUUUCACGAGUUUAAAUAAGCCGUGUCAGUAUUGACUUUAACCAAGUAAUUAAAAGACUCUGACGGAACUAUUUUCUUGGUCGGAGGUAUAUACAGUAAUUAGACUUUAUUCGAACUGCUUGUUUGGGCGGGAAACAAAAGGGACGCCAUCUUGGAAAAUGAAAUUUGUCUGUUAUUAAUUAUGUGGCUUUUUGCUACGAUUUUUAGCAAUCACCCGCCGGAUUUUACUAUACAUGUUGAUUGAAUGUUGUUAAUUAGAUAACCAAGAUUUAACUGCAUAUCGACAAUCGGAUUUUACUGAAAAAUAACAAUGUUUUACGCCCAUUUUGUACUGAGUAAAAAGGGUCCGCUGGCCAAAAUAUGGCUGGCGGCCCAUUGGGACAAGAAAUUGACAAAGGCACAUGUUUUUGAAACAAAUAUUGACAGCAGUGUUGAAGCUAUUCUCAAACCUAAGGUAAAAAUGGCAUUAAGAACAUCAGGCCACUUGCUUUUGGGAGUUGUACGUAUUUAUUCUCGAAAAGCCAAAUAUCUUUUAGCUGAUUGUAAUGAAGCUUUUGUUAAAAUCAAGAUGGCUUUUCGUCCUGGGGUAGUUGAUCUUCCUGAAGAAAACCGAGAAGCUUCAGUAGCUGCAAUCACCUUACAAGAAAAUUUUCAUGAUUUUGAUACUACCCUAGCAGACCUCAAUGAAAUCAAUGUACAAGCUCAAUUUUCAGUAAAUCAAAGUCGUCCUGAAGAAAUUACUAUGCGGGAAGAUUAUGGAAAUAUCACUUUGAUUGGUGAUGAUGGCUUUGGUGAUGUUGGGUUUGAUGAUCGAGAAAUACUGCGAGACGCCACAAAUCUAGAAGAGUCUUUGUUCAAAAGUCCUGAUAUUACCAGUCCUCGGGCUCCUGAAGAAAUAAAAAGCAUUGAUGAGCCAGAGAAAUCAUUAGAUGUGGACAUGACAGCUCCUGUCACCAAUGAACUUGAUGAACCUAGCUUUAUGGAUGCUCCAGUUGAUGAUGAUGAUGAUGAUGAUAAUGGCAACAAUGAUGAUUUUGGAGGUGAAAUUGGUCAAGAAUUUCUCGAUGAUACAUUUAUGGAGCCUGGUGGAUUAUUUGAAGAUGCUCCUGUAACUGACGUUGGUAUGGAACCUGAAGAACAUGUAACCGAAACAGAGAAACCUCAAGAACCUGAAGCUGCUCCGCAACCAGCUGAAGCCAAAGCUGCUCCAGCUACGGAGCCUGAGACUCCGGCACCCGAAACUACUAGUGAAGUCAAUGAAACCACUGGUACUUCUGGAGAACAAACAACACUUGUUCAUAAUGAAGAUGAGGCCUUUGCUUUGGAGCCCUUAGAUGUCUCGAAUAUACCAGGGCAAGAAAGAAAAGGUAAACGUAAGCGUAAGCUUAUUGUGGACGAACAAAAAGGUAUUCCAAGUGAAACUAUGAAACUGCAGUUAGCUGACACUGCAGACAUAAUUACUACUUUAGAUUUGGCACCACCAACUAAAAAGUUGAUGCACUGGAAAGAAACUGGUGGUGUAGAAAAAUUAUUUGCGCUACCUGGUCGACCCAUAAUCUCUAAAUUUACAUGGCGACUAUUUGGUAGAAACUUAAUUACUAAACCUAUGAAUACAGAAGAAGAAGAGGAUCACGAAGGAGAGAAAAUCGAAUUGGAAUCACCUGAGUUGGCUCGUGACGAACACGAUCAACUUGUUCAGCCACACCAAAAUCUUCAUCUUCCUUUCCCAGCAGGGACACCACAAAUGCAACAGCAGCAAACUCCUUUACAUCAAAAUGCACAGCUAAAUCAUCAAGCACAGAUGACACCUCAGCAACUGCAAGCAACCCUUCAGCCUUCAAAGAGAGCUCAAGCGAAGGCAGAGGCAGCAGCAGCAGCGGCGGCGGCGGCGGCAGCAGCUCAAGCGACUCCUGCCCCUCCAGUAACUCCUGCACCUCUUCCUGUUGAUUCAGAUGUUUUCCCUUCAUCAGACGUUUUAUUUACAUCUGAAAAUAUGAAGCCACCAGCUGAAGAAAAUUCCACUGUUGAGGAGCCGUCUGCUGUAUCAACUGAACCAAGUAUGCAAUCAACAUCACCAAGUAAAGCAUUUGAUAAAACUCUAGCAGAACAAGCAGCACAGCCUCCUCAACAGGAUGAUCCUUCAAAUACCACAGAUCUUUUUUCAGGCACCUUUAAUGACACAAUGGUUGAUAUUCCUGGUGACAAUGAUUCAGUCUAUCCUAAAGAUUUAGAUGAUGAACCCCCAUCAAUUGCACCACUUUCUGUUCCCCCUCCAUCAUGUGACCCUGCCUCUGUUGCUCCUGCUUCAGUGCCGCCACCAGCUUGUCAACUGACAUUUGAAGAUAUUGAAUCAGGAGAGGUUGAAGGUGUUAUCGACUCCAAUUUGGAUGAUGCUGAGCAAGAAAAACAAUGGAACAAGCGAUCUCUUCAAAUGCAACAUUCAUUGGAUAUAGCUUUCCGAUAUAAUGAAAGACUUAGUUUCAAAGAACUUAUCCGAAAACACAACCGUAAACAGGCAGCGUCACGGUUUUACACAUUGUUAGUUCUUAAGAAACAUCAGUCUGUCGAAGUGGAUCAAAGUGAGCCGAAAUCUUUGUGGCCAGUGGAGAGCAUGAUGAAGUCAACUGAUUUGAUUAUUUCCCUUGUGGAGUUGGUGAAGAUUAGAUUUAACAGCAACAACAACCUCUGGCUUGGCUACAUGAUGUAG